GUUUUUGUUUUGUUUUUCAUUUUCCUCACGUUUGAAAUAUAUAAAUAUAUUUGUGCAAUCUCUUCUUCCGAAAAAUGAAACUUUGGACAUCACCCUGGGUGUCUUGCCUGGUGGUUCUCCUCAUCCUGUGUUUUGGAGCAGAGUGCGGGACAGUCCGGAGGAAGGGGAGAUCCAAGAGGGAGCUGGUGCGCCUUAGGGAGGCGAGAGCCACCGUCCCGGGGGCUUGUGCCACACGUCUGCCCCGGGGCAAGCGCUCUUUGCCCGGCUCGGAGCGCCGGGUGCUCCGCCAGCGUCGGCGCUCCUCUUACGCGGAGGAGAGCUCCGCGCACCGGGGCAGAGCGGUCUACUUCACCGGCAGGGGAGACCAGCUCCGGCUCAAACCCGGCGUGGAGAUUCCUAGGAGCAAUUUUACUCUGGAGAUGUGGAUCAAACCUGAAGGAGGGCAACGAUCGCCCACAGUCAUUGCAGGCCUGUACGACAAAUGCUUCUAUGCCUCCAGUGACCGAGGUUGGCUGCUUGGUAUCCAGGCGGUUAGUGAACAUGGAAACCGUGACCCUCGAUUCUUCUUCUCCCUUAAAACUGACCGUGCUCACAAAGCGACCUUCAUCCACUCUAAUGUCCGUUAUGUGCCCAACCAAUGGGUACAUAUGGCAAUCACAUAUGACAGCCUGUACAUGAAGCUCUUUAUCAAUGGAGCCCAAGUGGGUGUUAGCCGAGAACAGUCCGGCGAUAUCUUCAGUCAUUUGACCAAAAAGUGCAAAGUUCUGAUGAUUGGUGGAAAUGCACUGAAUCACAAUUACAGAGGGGCAGUGGAAAGAGUGAGUUUAUGGAGGCAAGCCCGAAAGCAGAGGGAUGUUAUCAGAGAUAUGCAGGGCCACGAGGACCUUGAAGAUCUACCUCAGCUAAUCAUUCGUGAAACCUUUGAGCAUCCGGGCCGUAAGUGGUUGACUGUAAAAGAUGGCAGUUUUCCUCAGUCUGAGAAAGGAGGAGGUGGACGACUAGGAUUUUUAGGCGGAAUGGGAGGAGCUAAAAAUCCUGAAAUAACGUUAGAUACGACUCUAGAAACUCCAGUUUGUGGCCAAACUGUGUGCGACAAUGUUGACGUUAUUAAAAACUACAACCAGCUUUGGACCUUCCGUCGGCCGAAGAGAGUGCGAUAUCGUGUCAUUAAUAUUUGGGAUGACGCAAGAAGGAGGCCAACUGUUUCAGAUCAUCAGAUCAUUCUGCAGCACCAGCAGCUUAAUGAGGCCUUUAGUCGACACAACAUAUCCUGGGAGCUAAGCAUUCACAACGUUACCAAUUCCUCUCUACGUGACCGCUUAAUUCUCGCUAACUGUGAUAUCAGCAAAGUUGGAGAUGAUAGAUGUGACCCUGAAUGCAACCAUCCUUUGACCGGGAACGAUGCAGGUGACUGCAUGUCUGGAUACUGGAGCCAGUGCCCUGAACACAAGCAGGGGAAUGGGAUAUGUGACCCUGAAUGUAAUUGGGAUAACUUCAUGUACGAUCAAGGUGAUUGCUGCAAUCCCAACGUGACGGAUGUGACUAAGACAUGCUUCAACCGCUCCUCUCCAUACAACUAUGGCCCUCCAGAUGUGGAGCAACCAUGUGAACCCAGUGUGCGCACGUGGAGUCCCAACGCAGGGACUGAGCAAGGUCUUGUUGGUCUGUCAGAGUGCCCUCCCAACGGCUGCAUGCUUCAGCUAAAGUUCUUGCAACCGGUGGUACCUGAUUCCCUGACUGUGUGGGUCACAUUUUUCAGUCCUGAGGAAACAGCGUUGCCUGCAAUUCAUGACAUCUUGCUGCUGACUGUCAAUGGGAACAACAUUUCACUGGGCCCCAGUAAUGUUUUUUGUGAUACUCCAUUGACUUUGAAACUGGACAUAGUAGAAAAGGUUAAUGGAGUACAAAUUUACACCAUGGAGCAACACCUGGAGAUUGAUGCCACUCUAUUAGCAUCCAAGCCAGACUGCAUGCUUUGCAGGCACUGCCAGCCGCUACGAUAUCGCCUGCUGCGCCAACCAGCCUUCAGCCAUUCACCACAUGGCCUGAUGUUAAAUGAGCCUACUCGUCAAUUUACAGACAGGGAUGUUGUGCCGCAUGUUGUGUACACCUACCAGAUCCAAACUAUCUCCAGUCGGAGUGAGAGUGAGCCCUCUCCACCGCUGGUGCAUGAACUCGGGGCGCCCUACUGUGGAGAUGGACACAUCCAAAGUUCCAGAGGAGAGGAAUGCGAUGAUAUGAACUUCAUGAAUGGGGAUGGUUGUUCAAGUCAGUGCAAGAAAGAAUCCUUCUUCAACUGUGUUGAGGAGCCGAGUAGAUGUUACUACUAUGACGGUGAUGGGGUGUGUGAAGACUUUGAGCGAGAAACGGGUGUAAGAGACUGUGGUCUCUACACACCCAGUGGGUAUUUGGACCAGUGGGCUUCCUCUGUUGAAGUUUCCCAUGAAGAAAGGCCCUACUGCUCUGGUGAAGUGGCUGCUGGGUAUCCUGCUGUCACCAAGACAUGUCAGUCGAAGGUUUUUGAUCUAUCUGAUGGAGUCUCCCAGUAUGCGUGGUUCCCCUGUCGUGAAGCUGAUCAAUCUACCUAUGGAUAUACUACUUACUGGCUGAAGGCACACUUCUCUCGACCCAUGGUGGCAGCAGCAGUGAUCAUACACCUGGCUGCAGAUGGGACUGGCUUCAUUGACCACACACAGUGCAACAUCACUGUUCAGUUGGUCGACAGUAAAGAGAGCGUUCACAGUCUGGGUGAGUGGCGUCUGAGCUGCCGCACUAACCCUUUGGUGAUCCCAGUGAGACAUGACCUGUCCGUGGCCUUUUACCACACCAAGGCUAUCCUGGUCAUGUUUGCCUGUCGCCUUGUGGCCAUCUCCGGCGUUGGCCUGCGGUCCUUCCAGUCUUUUGACCCCAUCACUAUAAGUGGUUGCCAGAGUAAUGAGAUCUACAACCCCACAGGACAAAGUUGUGUACAUUAUUCGUGUGAAGCCAUUGACUGCCAGGAACCGUUAAUCCGCAAUGCAGAGCUAAAGUGCAGUAGCCCUGGCCGCCACUUCUACAAUGGAGACCGCUGCACCAUCUUUUGCAACUCUGGAUAUGCCCUGCAAGUCCACCAGGAUGAUGACAUCAUCAAGAGCCAGUCAUUUUCUUCAGUGACCAUAACCUGUGCAAAUGGGAAGUGGAAUAAGCAGGUUUCAUGUGAGCCUGUGGAUUGUGGUCUGCCAGACAAAUACCAUGUUCACCCCGCUCAUUUCAGCUUCCCAGAGGGUACGACUUAUGGCAGUAGAAGCACGUUUCAGUGUCGAGAACCUGCGCAGCUCAUAGGAACAAACAACACUCUUACUUGCCUAGAAGAUGGAUUGUGGUCUUUCCCAGAGGCUCUCUGUGAGCUCCGCUGUGCAGCCCCUCCUCCUGUAGCCAACGCGGUGCUGCAAACAAAGCGUUGCAAUGAGACGGGCCUAAAAGUUGGUACCCUCUGCAAGUACAAGUGCAAACCAGGAUACCACGUUAAAAACAAGCCCAAAAGACGUGCAUUUAAGCGCCAGUGCACAGAGGAUGGCACCUGGCUGGAGGGGGCAUGUGAGCCCGUGACCUGUGAUCCUCCCCCGCUUAUCUUCCAUGGCUCUUACCACUGCACCGACGGCUUCCGCUUUGACAGCGUCUGCAGACUUAACUGCUCCAAUUCCGCUGGUACUCCUGCGGUUGCCGCCACAAGAGACUCUGCCCUUACGGUGAGGCUGCUGCACUCUUCAUGCAAGCAGGGUACAGGAUCCAAUGUGAUUCGCUGUAGGAAGGAUGGCAACUGGACAGGGUCAUUCCGUAUCUGUCCAAACAGCAAAGGCCAAUGUCCUUUACCUCAAAACCUGCAUUAUAGCCUGCAGUACUCAUGCAAGCGAGGACACGGCAUAGGUGAGGAGUGUGAGCUCAAGUGCAGAGAGGGCAAUAAUGAAGUGGUGAUUCUUCCCAGCAACGUGACAGUGAAAAGUGUUCUUGAGGAGCACUGGAGGAGCCCACUGAAAGUCAAGAGCAUAGUGUGCACAAUGGGACUGAAAUGGUAUCCAGCCCCAGAGUCACUCCAUUGCAUCAAAGGAUGUGAGCACUUUAUGGGAGACAACUACUGUGAUGCAGUCAACAACAGGGCAUUCUGCAGCUACGAUGGAGGAGACUGCUGUCAAUCCACUGUCAAGACCAAAAAGGUAAUUCCCUUCCCCAUGUCCUGUGACAUACGGGAUGAGUGCUCCUGCCGAGAUCCCAACGCCAUGGAGAACAGGAAGGAUGAGCGCUUCCAUUCCCUCGGGUGAUGAACCUGAGCGGUGAUCUCCGUUCAGGCUUCCAGGACCCUUCAACACAACACAGCCAGAGUGGCCGAGGCAGAACCCCCUUCAUCCUCCUCUCGGCCAACAGUCGCCUCCACAUGCUGCUUAAAAGGCAUACCUCUACAUUUAUACUGCAAUCCCAGCCAGCUAAAAUACUUGCACCUCUCUACA